AUGUCUCAAGUUAGCCGGUCACUUCGCCACAGGGCUGUGACGAACGAGAACGACGAGAAUGCCGCCGUGACGCGCGUGACGCGUGCCAAAAGCGCGGCCCUCAGUAGUAAAGAAUCCGCAUCAGACGUGCCCAAAAAGACCCUGCAAUCCAAGAAAUCAACCACUGCCCUCGGCGCAAAUGGUACUGCACAGACAAGGAAGCGGGCCGCAUUAGGUGACAAGAGCAAUGUGACCAACACGGAAAACCUGGGUGCCGGAGCAAAAGACGCGAAGGACAGUAAGAAGCCAUUGGCCAGCAAGGCCGGCCCCGUAUCGAAAGCCGCACACCCCACCAAGGUUCAGAAGCCUACCAGGUCAACGUCGACGCGUCAUCACGUACUCAAGGAGAAGAACAUGUCCGAGCUCAAGCGGCCGGCCAGCGGAGCAGGCAUCGGUGGUGCCACGAAAAAGCGAAUCACGUCCAAGCAGACCACGGUGAAGGAGGACAACGAAGACGCGGAGAACAUCCCCCCCGCUCCGCAGUCAAACGUCGCGGCCGAGCCUGCCAAGGUUACGAAGUCGACCACUGCCAAGGUGGAGCACGUCAAAGAGGUGGUUGAGAUCUACGAGGAGGAGACCGAAGAGCAGGUCGAGAUUCCCGACUUGGAUAAGGAGGAUGCUGAAGAUCCAUUGAUGGUUUCGGAGUAUGUUGUCGAGAUCUUUGAAUAUCUGAAGGAGCUUGAGGUGGCCACCAUGCCGAACCCCAACUACAUGGACAACCAAAACGACCUUGAGUGGAAGCUGCGUGGCAUUCUCGUCGACUGGUUGAUCGAGGUGCAAACACGAUUCGGCCUUUAUCCCGAGACCCUAUUCCUUGCCGUCAACAUCAUUGACCGCUUCCUCUCGACCAAGGCCGUUGAGCUGGAUCGCCUCCAGCUUGUCGGUGUCACUGCCAUGUUCAUUGCCUCCAAGUAUGAAGAGAUACUCUCUCCACAUGUUGGCAGCUUCCGCCAUUUGGCCGAGGAUGGUUUCACCGAGGACGAGAUCCUGAGUGCCGAGCGGUUCGUCCUUGCUGCACUUAAUUAUGACCUCAGCUAUCCCAACCCCAUGAACUUCCUUCGCCGGAUAUCAAAGGCCGAUAACUACGACAUCCACACGCGUACCCUCGGCAAGUACCUAAUGGAAAUCAGCUGCUUGGACCACCGGUUUAUUGCACACCCCCCAAGUCAGGUCGCUGCCGCCGCCAUGUACUUGUCUCGGAUGGUGCUGGAGCGUGGACCAUGGGACGCGACUCUGGCUCACUACUCCGGUUACAAGGAAGAAGAGAUCCAACCCGUUGUCGAAUUGAUGAUCGACUAUCUUUCCAGCCCAGUGAUCCAUGAAGCAUUCUUCAAGAAGUAUGCUAGCAAGAGAUUUAUGAAGGCAUCCAUCCACCUCCGCCGGUGGGCCAAAGAGUACGUAGGGCAGUGGGGUAACAGCUUGAAGGACAACUCCAAUCCGCGAAAAUGA